AUGUCUACCGUCUUGUCGCUCAAAGGAAAGACCGCCAUCGUCACUGGAGGCGCUGGAGGUCUAGGUCUUGCCAUCACAGACCUCUUCUUGGAAGCAGGAGCAAAUGUGGUUGCAAUCGAUAUCAAUACGGAUCUGGUCCAGAAGUUCGAAGCCUCUCACGACAAGUUGAAAGCCAUCGCCAUCGAAGCGAACGUGACUCUCGAGGACGACCUAGAGGAUAUAUUCAAGACAACAAUUAAGAGAUUCGGACAAAUUGACAUCAUUGUCAACAACGCAGGACUUACUGAUCGCCUUGAUCCUGUAGGCUCACUCGAAAAGGACCUUUGGGACCGCAUCAUCGCAGUCAAUCUCACUGCGCCUAUGAUGGUCACCAAGCUUGGUGUCAACCACAUGUUGGAGAAGAAGGUCAAGGGCUCAAUUAUUAACAUCGGUUCCGUGGCAGCUCUUCGCGGUUUUGCAGCUGGCGCUGCUUACACAUCAUCUAAACAUGGUCUUGUAGGCCUGACGAAGAACACGGCAGCAUUCUACACAGACAAGGGCAUCCGAUGCAACGCCGUGCUGCCAUCGGGCAUGGAGACCAACAUCUCAAGUACGAUCAAGAGCAUCAACACUGAGGGCUACUCUACUAUGAUGAAGGGACCUGUGACAAUGGUCAACCCCCACGAAGUUGCUCAAACUGUUUUGUUCCUGGCGUCAGACGCCUCAAAGACCGUGAGCGGUUCUUGCAUCGCUACGGAUCUUGGCUAUUCGGCUUCUUAG